CAGCGUCGAAUGAAGAACGUCUCAAAAUGGCUUCCGUCAAAGAUACAGCAUCAUUUUUCGCCAAUGGAAAUUCGAAUCAAUUCGAGUAUGUGCUCAAAUUGUAUCCUCAAGUGUUGAAGCUUAAAGCCGAGAAGCGUCACAAACGGCCAGAGGAACUCAUUAGACUGGAUGACUGGUAUCAAAAUGAGCUUCCCAAACGAAUAAAACAACGUGGAAAGGAUGCACAUAUGGUGCACGAAGAAUUGGUUCAAACAAUGAAAUGGAAACAAACACGCGGCAAGUAUUAUCCACAACUGUCCUACCUCGUAAAGGUCAACACACCACGCGCCGUAAUGCAAGAAACGAAAAAGGCUUUUCGUAAACUGCCCAACAUCGAACAAGCUAUUACAGCACUGUCGAAUCUCAAAGGUGUUGGUACAACAAUGGCCAGUGCAUUGCUUGCUGCUGCAGCACCUGAAAAUGCCCCUUUUAUGGCGGAUGAGUGCCUGAUGGCCAUACCUGAGAUUGAAGGAAUCGACUACACUACUAAGGAGUAUCUUAAUUUCGUUACACACAUUCAGACGACAGUGAGGCGUCUUAAUUCGGAGCAUGACACUAAUGCCUUCUGGUCGCCACACAGGGUAGAACUGGCUUUGUGGACACAUUAUGUUGCAUCGGAACUACAACCGGAACUAUUGGUCGGAAUACCGAGUUUUGACAUGAGCAAGAAUCACGUGCUGAAUGGUAUAGCACCACUUGAACCAUCGGAUGAAAGUAAUCUCGAACCUGCGGCCUCAAAUGGAACAACAAAAGCCCUCGAUAGCCUAGAUGAUAGUACGCGCUCUGAGGACAGCCUGGAAAAACCGACCACGCCGAUUCUCACUAAUGACGAAACAAACGGCAGUGACUCGCAAAGCAGUAUCAAGAGAUUUGCUGAUUGCGAUAGCUCAGAGGAACAGACUGAGUCAAGUGAACCGGGCCGGAAACGAUCGAAGAAUGAAGAUGAGUGAGGCUGAUGGUGUAUUACUAAAUAGCACUACUCCCUGUCUCCUCUGUAACACCCCCAACAAUUCUUCUAUCAUUGAAAUUAUUUCAUUUAAUUCACUUGUGCUAAUUUCUUGUUCAAUGGUAUAACAAUACAGGCCAAUAAUCUCCACUCCUUUCUACUCUAACACAACAUUUUGGAAAGGAGCGAAGCUUAUUGGUAAUUUCCCUCAAACCGUUGAAUAUUAAUUUUGGCCGAAAUAAUUGCUAAUUUUUUUGUUUUCACCACUUUUGUUUUUAACUUUUGGUUGGGAACAAUAUCGUACCAAUAACGGCAAACCUUGCGCAAUUAAAUUAUUCAAGGAUUCCACAUCUGAAUCCAACGCAUUAGUUAAAAAGAAAUUAUUUUUGAUUUUAACUGUGCGGAAGUCAUCUCAAUGUAGUAUUUUAAUAUGUGUUUUUGAAAAUGUCAUGUGAAUAGAAGAAGACCUUCACUGAUUAAAUAAGAAAAUAUAAUUUCCAAGACGAUGUAAAGAGAGUUAAAAAUUAGAUAAGGAAGCGAACUUAAUAUCAAUUUGUAGACAAUUGCGAUUUGACUCACCGUCAGUGAUUAAAUAGAAUUAGAUUAUUCAGGACCACUCUCAUAUGUUUAUAAAAACAUCCAUUUAAUUUUAAUAGGAAAAGAAUAUAUUUUUAUUUGCACUUUUUCCGUAGCAUUGUAAGCAAUGUUAGCCAAAAUGUAUUACGCAAGAAUACAUCACUUUUAUUAGUUAAUAACUUACAUUAACUCUCGUGAUUCCUAGAGUUUUCCCGUUUCUCUUUCAAUAUUGUUCACGGUCAUCUUUCUGUAGUUUGAAAAUUCUUUUUUAAUCGUUUUAAAAUUGUAAUUGACAACAAUCAGAGACUGCGAGAAAUAGAGCGUCCUCCGAAUUUAACCAAAACUGUUUUUGUUAUCUAUGAUUCUCUCAUAUGUGAAGGCACAAAAUGUACUUGCGAUUACCGCUAAGCAAUGUUCUUGAUCUGUAAAUCUACCACAUUUGGACUAUAUAGUGAAACAUCUGCUGAAGAAUAUAAACAAAAUCCUUUCACAUUUUUCGAAAGUUCGUAUAAUUUAGGUUCCUAAAAUUUUCCGUGGAUAAUUUUUUCUUUGGAAGCAACAAUUUUUGACUCGACCAUUCUAAAAUAAAACAUGCAAAAAAAUUUAUCUACUUCUUAUUAUACAUCACAUAUAAUCGAUCGAACCUUAGAAUACAUAGUGCUGUGGAGAACAGAAUCGUAAGAAAAUGGUGCGUGGAAUAAGUUCGCGAAAAUGCUUGAGUUUUGAAGUCAUCAAAUUAAUAUUCUGCGGAUAUCUGUCACGAUCACAAAAAGACGUCAGAUUAAGUUCCUAAUUCCAUAAUUAACAUCACAAUAGAGCUGUUUCAUUUGUCUUUCGGUUAAUUGAACUUGUCCGAAAAUGAUAUGAUACAUAAAGACGUAAUGUAAAUGAAAUCAUCACUAUUUCCAUGGUCGACCAUCUAUGAAAGCAAGGCGGAAAUGUUUUAAAAAUCAAAUGAUUUUUUGGAAUCUUCCAAACAAUAUGCAUAGCUAUAUACGAUUUAUAUGCACUUUGACUCAGUGCAUUAUGUACUGGGACUUUUAUAUGCACUUUUUUUUUAGAUAGAACCAAAAUGCUUUAAAGUUUUAUAGGCAUCGCAGAAUUAAACGAAUUUCAGCAGUGAAUGGCUGCAAAAGUACAGAUGUGGAUGAGCAACUGAAAAAAUAUAUGCGUGAAAUUAGCCGAUUUUGGAAGAUUUUGGUCCUAACUGGAAAAAAAAACCAACUAGAUAAAUUCAGUAAUGCACACGAAAGAUAAAAAACAAGGAUGAUCUAUUUGAAAGAGAUCGAGAGCAUUUUCUAAUAAGAAAAAUUAGUAAAAAAAAAACAAUAAAAUGGCUGUGAGGGGUUGAAAAGUCUAGAUUAGCCACUUUAUAAAGUUUGAUUCAAAUUAGAUUGCUUUUUCUACACAUAAUAAUUAAUUUGGAGAAUUUGUUUCAUAUUUGAUUUUAAGAAUAUUUCCAAAUGUCUGCGAUUUCAUGCUAACAUUGGAGUAUCAAUGAUUGAAAUUUUAUUAUAUUAUUUCCAAUAAAUUUUAAUUUCUAUUAUAUUAUUAAUUAUGUUUUUUAUGCCUGAAUAAUUUAAAAACUAUUAAGAUGGCAAAGUCAUUAUUUCAGUGGUCUAGACUUUUCUUGUCUUCUUUCACCUUUGCCAAACAGUGAGCUAAUUAUACACAGUUUUAAAAUUUUCAACAUCGAGAAAAAUAAUGAUUUUUCUUAGUUAUUGCAUAAUUCUCAUGUUUUAUACCAGUCCACCCUUCAUCCCCACCCACUUACUUAAGCCACACUAGAACCGCAAGGAAGACUCGUGUAUGUGUCGAUGAGUUCAGUUAGUUUGCUAAGUAUUUUCUAUCUAAUUUAUAUUUUAAGUAGCUUAAGAGCGCGUAUCAUUCCAAAAGGAUAAGAUUAGAUAUGCAUUGAAAGCGUUAUGUCAGUCCCUCCGGCGUCAUUUGCGCACCCGCCACCUCACAUAUAAAGUAUGUCUCAAUUUUGUACAACCUUGACGAAGGACAGUAGACGAAAUAGAGUUGUUAUUGUUUAUAUCAUUAGUAAGAAAAGAGACAAAGAAAAAUUUGAAAAAAAAACAAACCAAGCAAACAUUUUUGAUUUAUGGUCAGAUUCAUGGUAAGAAAUGUUCAUAUAAUGCUGAAAAUGUAAAGGAUAGGAAAGGGUGAGAAUAAAGCAUGAUUUAAGUAUAUAGACAUAGAAUGAGAGCCACAAUUAGCCUUCAACAUUACUAUAUUUUAAUAAAUAAAAUAAACUGAGAUAAAAAUUAAA